AAAAAAGACAAAUAUUUUUGUUUCACUGCUCCUAUCUUCACAUUCCAGGAGACUUCCUUUCAAAAUUUUCUUAAUUAUAAUUAUUCACAAGUUUGACUUUUUCUGUUCAAAUUUGGUUUAAGUCGGAAUUGUAAAUCGAUUUACAGUUCUAUAAAUUUUGCCGACCAAAAAAGGCAAAACAAAACAGAGAAAGAGAAGGAUAAAGAGACAUGAGAUUUCCUGUCACUUUACUUACGCGGACAUAGCAAACAUCUUUUUGAUCAUUCAGAGUUUUUUUUGUCCUAUUACCACUUCAAAUCCAAAAACAAAAGUUUAUAAAUUUAUUUCCCUCAAAGUACCACUUAAUCAUCGACUUUUUGACCAUUUCUCCAUCUGGGUUUUAUUAUCUUCAGUUCUUUGUGUCACAACUCCAGUUUCUUUUUGUAUUUUGUUGUUUUUUUCACAAAUUGAGAUUGUUGUUUCCUAUAAGGUUUUGUUUUAUUCUAUUUAUGGAAGUCUCUUGAUUUCGCUUUUAUAACCUCAAAAAGCAUCUUUCUUGAUAGCACCAAGUAUGAUUUGAUCAUCAAAAGGGUUUGGAUUUGACAGGUCUCUAUUUUAGGUUUGUUUUUGGUUAGAAGUUAAAACCAAAAUAAAAUCUUAACUUUUGGAAAUGGGAUCUGUUACUGGGUUUUACUCAAAUGAAGUGUUUGAAUUAGAUCCUAAAUGGGUUGUUGAUCCUCAACAUCUCUUUGUUGGUCCCAAGAUUGGUGAAGGUGCUCAUGCCAAAAUCUAUGAAGGAAAGUAAGUUUAUUUCUUUAUCAGAUUAAUUUCAUCAAAAGUUUUACUCUGUAUAUGGUUCUGAAUCCAUUAUUGUUUCCCUUUUUCUCGGCGAUUGAUCUGUUUGGACUGGUUCUGGUCUUCUUGAGCUUGUGUCUUAAUCUUUGCAUGUGUGAAAAAUUGAAACUUUUUUGCUUCAAUAUAUCUAGUCAUUUGCAUAUCACUAUAUCAGUUUCAGUUUAAUGGUUGUUGUUCAAUGAGUUCAGAAUAAAAAGAAUUACUAUGUUUGUAUCAAAAAUUUCAGAGAAAUCUUUUCUCUAGAAAUUUCAGAGCAUUAGUGUGAAUCUGUGGAGCGAAUUCAAUCAUAAAGAUAGUUUUCAUAGAUGUUAUAGUUUGAUGAAGAUUGAAGAGUAUUGAGAAUGAUGUAAAAUGUGGUUUCUUGUUUAGGUAUAAGAACAAAACAGUUGCUAUUAAGAUUGUUAAAAGAGGAGAAUCUCCCGAAGAGAUUGCGAAAAGAGAGAGCAGAUUUGCAAGAGAGGUCUCUAUGUUGUCUAGAGUUCAACACAAAAAUUUGGUCAAGUUCAUUGGAGCUUGCAAAGAACCAAUCAUGGUUAUAGUCACCGAGCUUUUACUCGGUGGUACAUUGCGUAAAUACCUUGUUAGCUUGCGUCCAGGGAGUUUGGACAUACGUGUAGCUGUUGGAUAUGCCCUUGACAUUGCUCGGGCGAUGGAAUGCUUACACUCUCAUGGAGUCAUCCAUCGCGAUCUCAAACCAGAGAGCUUGAUCUUAACUGCGGAUUACAAGACUGUUAAACUAGCAGAUUUUGGUUUAGCUAGAGAAGAAUCAUUAACCGAGAUGAUGACCGCAGAAACUGGUACAUAUCGUUGGAUGGCUCCCGAGCUUUACAGUACGGUCACGUUGAGGCAUGGUGAGAAAAAACACUAUAACCAUAAGGUAGAUGCAUACAGCUUCGCCAUUGUCUUGUGGGAGCUUAUCCACAACAAAUUACCUUUUGAAGGCAUGUCAAAUCUCCAAGCCGCUUACGCUGCUGCAUUCAAGAACGUGAGGCCAAGCGCAGACGAUUUACCAAAGGAUUUAGCAAUGAUUGUAACAUCUUGCUGGAAAGAGGAUCCAAACGAUCGACCAAACUUCACAGAGAUUAUUCAAAUGCUUCUACGUUGCCUCUCCACAAUCUCAUCAACUGAGCUUGUUCCUCCGGCCAUUAAACGUGUUUUCUCGUCGGAAAACACGGUCUUGCCACCAGAAUCGCCGGGAACUUGCUCAUUGAUGACUGUUAGAGACAAAGAUCAGAUUCCUACCGAUGCAAACUCGGCGCAGAAUGAAGUUAGAGGAAGCUUCUUCUUCUUCUGCUGCUAAUAUUUGAUUUAUUGGUUAUAAAGUGAAACAUGAGAGAAUGUGGUUUGAUAUAUCAUAUGUAAUGUAUUAAUUUGAAUGAUAAUAGCUUAGAGUUAUUGUUAUGAGUUUAACGUUUUUCCUAAAAAUGUUCU